ACAUCUACAACAAUAUGCUGAGAAGAAAAGAGAUAAACAAAAAAGGCAAGAAGAAGCAGAAGCCCAAAUUAGAGGAGAUUUUGAGAAUUUGAGCGAUGAAGAAGACUUAGAAGAAGAAAGUAUGAGAUUUGCUCGACAAGAAAGCAUGCGAUCACAACAACAAUGGGAAGAAAGACAAAGAUUUCGAGCAAGAACAACUGGAAGAGGUAAUAUUUAUGAAGAGGGAGGUGGCUCUGGCAGUGGUGCUACCAGUGGUUUCAAUAGAGCAGGAGCUCGAUCUUAUAGUGGUCGAGAAGCUGGAGGUAGUGGACGACAAUGGAUCAAUCCUGAUGCCCCUGAAGCUAGACUAAAGGCAAUGGAUCCUAUUUUAGAAAGAAGCAAGAGUGCGAAACAACCAAAACUCAACACAAAGUUACUGAAAGGUUUAAGAAGUAAAUUAGGAAAAGCGGUUGGAAAAUUCCUAAUUUAUAAUCGGAUUCCAGCGAAUGUAGCUGACUCUCCAUUUAUGCAACCUAUGCUUGAUAUUGCUGCAGAGGUUGGAAAGGGGGUGAAGGGUCCAUCACCCUAUGAGAUAUCUGAAAUUUAUUUGGAGCAAGAGUAUCAAGAAAUGAAAAAUUAUAUAGCUUCUUUUGCUGGAAUUUGGAAGGAAAGAGGUGUAACACUUAUGUGUGAUGGUUGGUCAGGACCAACUAGAAAACACAUUAUAAACUUUUUAGUUUAUUGCGAUAGAGGCACCGUGUUUCACAAAUCAGUUGAUGCCUCUGAUGUGCCAAGCAGAACAGCUGAAUAUUAUUUCAGAUUAAUGGAUGAGGUGGUUGAAGAAAUUGGAGAGGAGAAUGUUGUUCAAGUAGUGACUGAUAAUGAAGCUGCAAUGAAGGCAGGAGGAAAAUUAUUGAUGCAGAAGAGGCCCAAUCUCUAUUGGACAGCAUGUGCAGCUCAUUGCAUAGACCUUAUUCUUGAAGAUAUUGGUAAGAAAAGUAACGUGAAGAAGGUCUUAGAAGAUGCAAGAACAAUAACCUCAUUUAUUUACAACCACACAUGGACAGUGAAUUUCAUGAAGAAAUUCACAAAUAAUAGAGAGUUACUUCGCCCUGCCAUCACUCGAUUUGCCACAAAUUUCAUUGCUUUGGAGACUAUUGUCAGGCAUAAACAAGCACUAAGGGAAAUGUUUACAUCUGAUGCUUGGAAAAACUCAAGAUUUGGAAUGGCAAAAUCAGGCCCAGCAUAUGAUUCGAAGAAAAUUAUCUUAGGCAAAGAGUUUUGGCAAAAGGCCUCUGAUAUAAUUAAAGUGCAAGAACCCUUGGUGAAAGUUCUUAAAUUGGUUGAUGGUGAUGAAAAACCAACCAUGGGCUUCAUAUACGAGGCAAUUGAUAGGGCGAAGUUGGCCAUUCAAAAAGAUUGCCGGUUUUACAAAGAUUAUUGGAAAAUUAUUGACAACCGGUGGAGUUUUCAGUUGCACCAAGAUUUGCACGCUGCUGGGUAUUUUUUGAACCCACAAUUUCUUUAUGGUGCCCCACCCUCUCCUGAAGUUGCUAGAGAAGUCAUGGAUGGAGUUAAAAAAGUGAUAACCAAGUUGGUACCCGAUAUAGAUACUCAAAUUCGGGCUAUUAAUCAAUUGUUGCUAUAUCGAGAUAGGCAAGAAACUUUUGGAACCCCAUUGGCUCAAAGGGCAGUACCAAGUAGUAUGGUCUCCAUGGGGCUUUGGCCUUUGCAUAGACACUAUGAAAGACUUUUUAGAGAGUGA